CGAAACCAAAACACACGUGUUGAAGUGUUUUUCUGCAGUAACAGCUGGACAGCAGUUUGAUUUCACACCGUUUCUACGGCCAGUCUGCAAAAACAUGCAAACGGACGAAACAGAAAAACUUGUUCGAGCCACGAUUCCUCAGGACCUGGUGACGCUUCUCGGCGUUGAGCCUCAGACCCCGUCCAGAGCGCGUGCCUUCACCCAGGCGUUCCUGAAGAACAGCAUGCAGCCGAACACACGAAACGACGUGAAGACCAUGUUGACUCACAAGGCGGUGAUUCUCGGCUACACCAGGCCCAAGACGGACAAGUCCAAGAGGAGCAGCAAGAAAGCCAAAGGACUCAACGCCCGGCAGAAGAGGGCGAUGAAGAUCUUCCAGAUCAAACCUGAGCACCAGAGGUACGAGCUUUUCCUGCCUCUGCAUGAACUCUGGAGACAGUACAUCAUUGACCUGUGCGGUGGAUUGAAACCAACAAGCAAUCCGCAGUUUGUGCAGCAGAAGCUUCUGAAGGCAGACUUCCAUGGUGCCAUCAUCACAGUGGUUCGCUCUAAAUGCCCUUCAUAUGUCGGGACGACAGGGAUUCUAGUUCAAGAGUUCAAACACGUCUUCAAAAUCAUCACCAAAGAAGACAGACUGAAAGUGAUCCCAAAGAGGAACAGUGUGUUUUCGGUGGAGAUCAACGGCUUCGUCUCACACAUCUAUGGGAGCAAGUUUGAGCAGCGAGCCAGCGAACGCUCGGCCAAAAAGUUCAAAGUGAGAGGAACCAUCGACCUUUGACCUCCGUGCCUCACGAAACGAGACACCACAGACUUCUGCUGUCCUCUAAUGGCAGUAAGUAGGAACUGCAGCAACACUGACCAAACUGCAGCAGAUGCAUUUGGGUCAUUUACUGUUUGAAAGACUGUAAAAUUGUAUCUGAAAAACAAAAGUUUUUCUGCUCAGUUUUCACCUCGCUAAAUAUAGCUUACUCCCACAAAAAUAAGUAUCGCCUUAUUUUGAAGGGGAGCUCCACCAAUUUUGUGCACUCGCAAUCAGUUUAUUUGUCACUUGGAGAGCUAAACAGCCAUUGAAAACAGAUGUAAGACGUCCUCUGUGUCCGCGGCUUUGUCCGCUUUGAGAAAAUAACCCUGACGAUGUCAUCAGUUUGAGCUAGGAGACUAUACAAUUUUAGAAAAGUCCCAAACGUGUUUUUCGGCCACGAUCGAACAUCCAAGUCCUACAUUUGGCAAAGUUUUCUCAGUCACAAAUGUUCUCAUUUUACAGCUAAACAGUACACUAAAAUAUGUUUCUGAAAACAUUUGAGGUGAGAAAAAGGCCCUGCGGUAACACAAUCUUGAUUUGAUCGGUGCUGCUAAGUUUGACAGACUGACCGCAGUUCACGAGCUGCAGUUGAAAUGAUUUAAGCUGCGUUAGAGACUUUUUACUCUUUUUGUGGUUGUUUUCGUUCAUGUGUGGUGGAUUCAUACAAAUGCAGUUAGAAGCUGCGAGGAGGCAGAUCACCAUGUUUUUUCUUUUCCACAAAUUAUCUGUCUCAUGUACUGCUGUGUGGAUAUAGUAACAGUUUCAGCAAAUAAGUUAUUUUUAUGAAGGUUACCAACUACGGCUUUGAUAUUAAAUAUCUGCUGAAUCAGAGUCCGAUUAGAUAUUUACAUUCACCUCGGUGUUUAUUAAAAAUAUAUCUGACGCAGCAAAUUAACUGCUUUAGUUACUAAAUCUGACACAUCUUAUUUUUCAUCAACUACUUGAUCCAAAAACUGAAGGCCCUAGUUCGAAACUCUAAAAUUGAUCUUUCAAUAGAAAAACAUGUUUAAUUCUUCAGAGAAAAAAAUCAGCAAAACUUAGUGGCCGAUCACACUGCGACAUGUCGCCAGCAAAACCAGAGUUUCCCUAUUGUACAGCUCUCGCUGCUGCGUGACGCGUUUUCCUGGCGGUUUUUGGAUGUGCAUAAAAGCUGUAAUAUUUCAACUUCUACACUCAAGAGACGAAGUCGCACCGCUCGUCAGUGUCUCUUUGGCUCUGGUCGCCACAAGCGUACGCAGCCGUGUUUUUCCAGGUGUGCUUCGGAGGUGUUUUUGGAGACGCUGCGCCAGGCCGAUGCGUCUCGGUGUGAUCGUCCCCGUAGUCAUCAGCUUUAAAUUUCAAACAAAGCCCGGCCCUGUUUUGUAACAUUGUGUAAUCUGACUACAAAACAACAGCAAACCAGUCGUCAGUGGUAAUCAUUGAACCUAUUGUUUGUUUUUAUUUUUUUUUUAUUAAAUGUAUGCAGCCAGAUGGAGUAAAUGUUUGUUGUUCGGGAGCAGUAUUUAGCUUUUAGCAAUUAGUUUUAGUUCACUUUGUUUUAUUAUGUAAUGUUUAUUGUACAGUAGAGAACAGAGCAAACGUUUCUCGUAACAACACAAAAGUCGGUUUGCAGCCUUUUGGUAACAGAAACCGUGUGAAACACAACGAGCUGUAAACUGUUUCACACUAAAUACAAUUACAGCUCUUUGUUUUCCUUCCUUCACCUGCUCCUGAGAGCUGAUCUGCUCUCACACGUCCCUGCUCCUGCAUCGGAAACAAAUUAAAUCCAUUUUUCUAUCUUAAAACUUCGUAUUUAUAACUUUUCUCAGUUAACAAAACAUACACAAAGAAUAGAAGGGGAUGUCACUGCUUUCAGUUUAUAACGUUUGAUGCAUUAUCUGCUGUUGUUUGCCUAAUUGUGUGUAUUUUAUAUACAGUGCGAUAAAAACAUCGAGUUACAUUUUUCCAGCUAAAUUUUCUUUUUCAGCUGCUGGAGGUUGAAUCCCAUUUAUUCCCCCGACAGAUUAACAGUUGUGUUCCCCACUUUUGAUUUCAAGUCAGAUUUAUUCUGGAAAAAUUGGGUUUCAGUCCAGUUUUGAUCUUUCUGAAUAAAGAUAACUUUCACCAAAA